UAGCCACAGUGCGGCAGGAAAACCGUAACAAGCGAGGAAAAGCAGAGAUUGAAUAGUGGAGAAAAAAGCUAUCCAAAGGGGAACAUGUAAAGGAAGAAGAAAGAAGAAAGACUGAAUAAUGGGAAUGUUUUUUCCUCUCUAGCUGAAGAAAAUCUGCGUAUUUCUCUUUGAGAUUAAGAAAUAGGUUGACAGCUAUUCAGCGAGCUCCAUUUCAAAUGGUAGCAGCAGAAUGGAUGGAAAAUACAAGGAGAGGCACUGCUUCCACGAUUCAUAUUGACUCAAAGGAGUUAGACGAUACCUUACCGAUGGCUUGCAGUCAAUUCUCCAUGUCUCCUCCAACGAAUUGUAAAUUGACGUAGGCAUUGAAGGCUGCAAAUCAAGUCAAGUUUGGUGCAUUACAUUCCUUUGGUGGGAUGUCAUCGACUUCUAUUACUACAUAGUAACCUUUGGGUUUCCGACGGCUGGUAUUGGCACUUCAGGGUGUUAUGAUGGGUGAAGUGACGGACGCAAAGGAAUUAAAAAAUACCUUUAUUGUUCCCGCAAUAAAGUCUUUUGACCGUUAUGAUUUUUCACGAGCAAAAAUCUGCUGUAGCCUCACAUGGCUAGUGGCCAAAGCAUUUGUGACAGACAGUGUGCCGGCCGACCUGAAGGAGCCCUUCUACACAGACCAGUAUGAUCAGGAGCACCUGAAGCCUCCAGUGGCCAACCUGCUGCUGUCUGCUGAUCUCUACUGUAGAGCCGGGAGCCUCAUCCUGAAGAAUGACGCCGCCAAGCCCCUGGUUGGCCACGAUGAUGUCAUCCAGGCCCUGGCUCAGAAGGGCCUCUACAUCACAGACCAGGAGAGGCUGGUCACAGAGCGUGACCUCCGCAAGAGGCCCAUACAGAUGAGCGCCCACCUGGCGGUGAUCGACACACUAAUGAUGGCGUACACGGUGGAGACUGUGAGCUUGGAGAAGGUGGUGGCGUGCGUCCUCCAGUACUCUUCCCACAACGACGAAGACGCCGACACCCCAUACGACACAGAGGACGCCAUGACCAGCUGGAUCAACAAGGUAAAUGAGUAUCUGAAAGAUAUCAUCUCUCAGGAGCUGAGGAGAGAGAUGCAGAGUGUUGAGCCAGUUGGCAAGCCAGGGUCUCCGACCAAAUGGUACAUGAAACUAGUGCCUGCUCGCUACAGGAAGGAGCAGGCGGUGGCCCAGCAGGUGCCCUGGAUCCCCCCUGUGGACAACCUGUUGAAGGACACCACUGACGGCUGCGCCGUGGCCACUCUGCUUCACUUCUACUGCCCACAGCUAGUCAGACUGGAAGAUAUCUGCCUUAAGGAGAGCAUGUCACUGGUGGACAGCCUGUACAACCUGCAGCUGGUGCAGGAGUUCUGUCAGCAGCACCUCAACCGCUGCUGCCACUUCAGUCUGGAGGACAUGGUCUACGCCUCCUCUUCAGUCAAAAAUAACUACCUUGUGUUCAUGGCCGAGCUGUUCUGGUGGUUUGAAGUGGUGAAGCCCUCCUUUGUACAACCAAGAGUUCUGGACACUGAAGAGCCAGCCCUCACAUCGUUGAGGAAUAUGCCCUCUGUUCCCAUCUCCAAUGUCACCAAAACGAGCUUCAUGGAGAGACCACCCAGCCCAGAACGACCCAGCCUGCCUCUCCAACCACAACCUAGGAACUCAGGUGAAAUAAAGAGAUCAACCUCAAUGUCCUUUGUGGAUGGCUGUGUAGGAACUUGGCCCAAGGAGAAAAGGUCUGGGCCUUACGGUGUAUCCUUCGACAUCCCUUUUGACAAAGAGGACACCGCCCAGACAUCCACUCCCCCCGGUCAUAGCAUGACCCGCUCUGCCAGCACAGAGGGCUUCAAGGUUCAACAGAUGCCCUGGGGCAUGAAGAGGAACCUGUCCUUCCAGCCCAUCAGCGGGCAGGGAACGAGCAUCGAGGAGGAGGGCCGCCUGGACAACCUGGCAGGGCCCGAUCUGCCAAGACAGCCUGGCAGGCCUGAACCCCCUGGAGGCCCACUGAGGUUCCCCAACGGGGGUUCAAACCUGGACAGGCACGGAAAUGGCAUCGCCACCCCCAGCAUGGAGGAAGCCCUUCAGAUAAUCCACAACACCGGUAGGCAGGCCCCACAGCGCCCUCUGACAGAGGGCAUCAAAAAUGGGUUCUUCCUGCACAGUCCAAACCAGGGCAGAGGAGGUGGUGAAGUCGGCCUGGACUCUAAUGCUCGACCGGAGAAGAGGGACCUGGACUCGUUGAGCACCACAGACACUACGGAGGUGGACACGGGAAUCCACGUGAGGACCGAGGACAUCGCCGAGACCCUGGACGAGGACUCAUCGCUGAGGGAAGCUCUGAGCAUGGAGCUGGAAAUGGACACGCCAAGCCCCUGCCCCAGCAGCUCCGGCUACGCCAAAUCUCCCUCCACCAGCUCCGGCACCAAGAUGACCAGCUUUGCCGAGCAGAAGUUCCGGAAGCUCAGUGUCCCCGAAUCGGGGGGAAGAAGCAGCAGCAGCGGGGGCGGCAGCUCCCUCAAGACCACCCCCGAGGGCUCAGAACUGGGCCUCCCACUGUCCGUCUCCUGGGCACCCACUCCGGAACACAGCCCCGUGCAUCAACAGAUCGCGCCUCUCACCCAAGACACUCCAACUGGGCCAGCCCAGGCCCCUCCCCCUAGCGACCCGGCCCAGGCCAUGGCGACGGAGAUGGUGGAGCUGCGCAUGCGCCUGGAGGAGAAGCGAAAAGCAAUUGAGGCACAGAAGAAGAAGGUGGAGGCCGCAUUCACUCGCCACCGCCAGAGGAUGGGCCGCUCCAUCUUCCUGGACGUGGUCAAGAGGAAGGGUGAUGGCGCCUCAGGGGUAGGAGGACAGGAGGAAGGGGGGAAGACGACAAUGGAAGAUGAGAGGAAAACAGGGAGGAGCAAAGCGGACACGCCCGACGGGGCUGAGCAGGGGCAGGGACCCUCUGGGGCCCGCUGGCUGAAAUCCUCCUCCGGAGGAGGAGGAGGAGGAGGAGGAGGAGAAGAGGGAGGUCAAGGUCCCGCCGGAGGUCAAGGACACGGUGAGGUGGAUCUAGCUGAAUACACACGCUCCAUCGAGAAGCUGAACCACUCACUGGGCUUCCUGCAGACAGAGAUGCAGCGCCUGGCCCAACAACAGGAGGUCAUCAUGGCCAUGAGAGAACAAAAGCAACAACAGGCCUGGGUCAUCCCCCCUCCCCAGACCUCGCCACAGAAAUACGCCCGCGCCUCCACCCGCUCCUCCGGCUCACCCUCCCCGGCUGACUCACCCCGCUCCGCCCACCGCUCGCCCACGAGCAUCAAGAGGAAGUCGGCCUCCUUUCACUCACGGAACCCCCGCACGCCGCGCCCCAGCGAGCUCAAGCUGGCCCCCUAUAACCGCUGCCUGACAGCACCCCAGUCUGUGGACAGCCUCCCCCGCCUGCGCCGGUUCUCCCCAUUCCAGCCCAUGGCCUUUGCCUACAUGGGGGAGAAACCCGCCGGUCAAACCACAGAGACAGAGGACAAGGAUAGGGACAGGGACACUGAACCCCUGCUAUCCCCAGAGACAGAGGCAGGUAGUGCCUCUUCUCCCUCCUCCCCAGCCAAAGACAACCAGAAAAGACAAGAAGGGACCCGAGAGAUUGCCAAGAAGGAUGAAGCGGAGGAACAUGAGGAGAUGGAAGUAGAGGAGAAGAAGCAGGUGAAAAUGGAUGAGCUCAAACCCAUAAUAGUGUCGACUGUAUCUGAAGUGCUGGCCCAGCCAGUGAAAGAGACCUUUACGGUCACCCCCACCGAGACCCCCCUUAUCUCAGACCUCUUUGGCGGGGCAAGAAGCAACCUGAUUGAGGUGCCUCUGUAUGUGCUCAAACCUCUUGAGGGAGAAGGCAUGGAGGAGAGUGGAGAUAUGGAGGGGACCUAUGGCGAUGACGAGAAAAUGUCCUGUGGCUUUUUCUUUAAGGAUGACGGUAAGGGGGAGAACAACAUGGCUCAGAAGAGGGCUGCUCUCGUGGAGAAGAGGCUGAGGAGGGAGAAGGAGACGCAGCAGAAGAAGCUGCUGCAGGAGGCAGAGCAAGAGCAGAAGAAGGAGGAGGCACGAGUGAAAGCAGAGGAGGAGCACUUGAGGAAGGAGGAGGAGAAAGCCCGCCGGGAGUUCAUCAAGCAGGAGUACAUGAGGAGGAAGCAGCUCAAGCUCAUGGAGGACAUGGACACGGUGAUGAAGCCGCGGCUGGCCGGCUCCAAACAGAGGAGAGCCCGGCCCAAGUCCAUCCACCGGGACAGCAUGGACUCCCCCAGAACCCCGGCCAGGGCGGCAGAUUCACGACCUCGUGUUUUUUCAGUCUCCAGCUUGUCUCUGGCCUCGCUCAACCUGGGAGACAGCGACAGUGUGCACUCUGAGAAGAGAACACCAAGAAGUGCUAGCUUACAUUCUGGCAGCCUGUGCUUCUUUCUGAGCUCUCCUAAACUGAGAAGGAGAAGGCCUGAUUCUGCAGAUGGUUUUCUGUCCCCUUGUCGAUCUGGGAGCCGGAAUGGGGAGGACGAUUGGGAGAACGGUUCCACCACCUCGUCUGUUAAAUCUAACACAGAGUACACCGGACCCAAAUUGUACAAGGAGCCAAGUGCCAAAUCGAACAAGCAUAUCAUCCAGAACGCACUGGCCCACUGCUGCAUGGCAGGCAAGGUCAACGAAGGCCAGAAGAACAAGAUUCUAGAGGAAAUGGAGAAAUCCGAGGCCAACAACUUCCUGGUGUUGUUCCGGGAUGGGGGUUGCCAAUUCCGUUCUCUGUACACGUACUGCCCUGAGACGGACGAGGCCACCAAGCUGACCGGUAUUGGGCCCAAUCGCAUCACCCGCAAGAUGAUCGAGGGUCUCUACAAGUACAAUUCAGACAGGAAGCAGUUCAGCCAGAUCCCCGCCAAGACCAUGUCUGCGAGCGUGGACGCCAUCACGAUCCACGGCCACCUGUGGCAAACCAAGAAACCAGCCACCCCGAAGAAAGUGGUACCUGCCAAGCCCUAAUAGAACUUGCCGUACACUCCCAGCCACCCCCACCAUUUCCCUUCAAAUGGAACAGUCCACAUUCAAUUUGCACUUCACUGUACAUAUCCAUGAGGAUUCAGCACCUGCAAUGUCAGUUAGAUGAAUGCAUACUUCUGUUUUUGUUGUUUUGUUAUCUUGUCAUUCCUGUUCAUUUUCCUUUAAAAUUCCAAACUGGACAUGGGGACUCAGUUAAAGAUAUGCACAACUGGAAUGUAAAACACUAUUUAGUUAAGAGUUGUAAAUGGAUAUCACUGAUGUGUUUAGUACAAGAGAUUGUCUGAUUUUAGUCAUUUUAUUACAGCAAGUGUGUGUAUGUGGUUUUGUAUAUGCCAAAAGAGAGACAAAAAAGAAAAGAUAUGAAUGCCAUAUGUUUUAUUUGGCACACUGAAGCACUGAAUGUUACUCAUCUGUAUAGACAGAAUUUUGCUUAUCUGUUAACAUGUGUGGCCUUACGCUUGUUUUGUUUUUGUAUGUCAGUGCAAUCAGCUCAGAGACUUUUGUAUGCUGUAUGCUGAGGUGACAACGCUUUUUCCAUGUUUUAGGUUCAAAUGCAAGCUGAUAAGUCUGCAUAAGCUAUACACAACAUUGAGGGCCAAAAAAUAAGAGCAGAAUACCAACAAGCAUACAGCUAGUGUUAGCCACCCAAUACAUUGCACGACUAGGCCAAGUGUUUUUUUUCCAGCUUAUCCCGCCUUUUGGAAAAUGUGUUUUAAAGAAAGCAUCUUAAACCACACUGUACUUUCUUAAUGCUGUGUGUUCACAGCAGGUUUGUGAACUAAAAAUAAACAUGCGUUUACGUUACCUCCUUUUCAAUUGUCACAAAAUGGACCAGAUUUGGUCAAAUGUCUGUUACGUCUGUCUGUAAUGAUUUAGGCCAUUUGAAAAUGCUAAGUUUAACUAUGGAUAUAAACCCAUGAUAUAGAAUAAUUUAAUGUUAUUAAGGAUUGUGAUUUAGAUUUUGGACUAUGAAAAUGGACUACAGCCCUAGUUAGGUACCAUUACAUGUAUUAUACCAUAAACAGUCAUUAUUGUUGAUUCUGUUUUAGUUCAGUCUAAAAUCUUUUCAGAAUUGUAUCAUUUUUUAAAUUCUCAAUGUCAAAUUCCUUGUCAUAAGUUUGUUUAUAGGAUACUGCUUGACAGUGAGAUUAACACACAGCUUGUGUAUUCUUUUAUUAUUCAGUUAUAGAAAAAUACAGAUGUAUUUAAUUUGCAUUUAAGUAUUUCAAGACAAUUAUGUAUCACAUGUUGUGGUAGAUGCCACACUCAUUUGGUAAGAUAAAGUACUUUGGUAUGAGUACGUUUUUAGAGACCCCACAUCUACUGCACACAUGGAGACCAGACUGAUGUUCGGUAAAGCAAAGAUUUUUUCCCCCCCUCUAAUAGCUGACUGAAGGCAGAAUGUGGCAAAGUUUGUCACUCCAAUACGGGUAGAGGCUUCUUACUGUCUCCCACCAGCGUCAACACUUUCCUUUUGUCUAUUAAAGUAGCCUCGUCGAGCAACAACUUGUGUAGGUUGGGGAUUAAGGGAUGAAGAUAUCACAAACAUACAGUACUCCCCACACCCUAUACGGUUAAAACAUUGGUGUUUGGUUUUCAUUGGGGUAUAUUUAUAGAAUUACCAAAAGAGAAGUUAUGUGUCUCUGGAAUUUUGUAGAAAAUGAUAUUGCUAUGGGACUACUGUUACAGUCGUCUUAUUAGGCCGUUUAAGGCCAAGAUUAAUGGCUAUUUAUUUAUAAAUGAGUGGACAUUGUACAGUGUUGCCGUAAAUUAGUCUGUCCAUCCUCCUGAUGAAGCAUUGCUUCCAUUUUGUUUAUCAGACCGUGUGGUGUCAUUCAACAUAUUGCUGAACAUUGUAGGUUUGUUUUGUUUCUCUUUUGCAUUGAAUAAAAUGAAGCAUGGCCUCAA